AUGAACCCCUGUGACAUCAGUGGUAGCGACUCCGAUAAUUUCAAACAGAGUAAACAUACAAAUCCAAUGACUCAACCCACAUUGAAGACAAAGGUACAAUACUGGAAAUCAAAGGUCACUCACAUAGAAGACUGCUUCAUCAAGGUUGGUGCAGGCCUGGGGUCCAAUUACUACUAUGCACAGUCAGCAUAUCAACUCGCUAUCAACUCCAACAACGACCGACACGCUUUUCAGGCUCUUGAAAAGUUUCAUACUACACUCAAAGACCUCGUAUCAAUGUGUUAUAAGUACCAGACUCAGAUCUUGGAAACGUUAGGACCUGGUGAAAUCUUGGAGGAGCUGUUGGACCUUCGAGGGUGGAUUUCUUCACAGGUUUUCGUUGUCAAAGUAGGGUAUGGGUAUUAG